CUUUGAAAACUAAUUUGUCAGAACAUUUUACAAGUGAUAUUCUUCCAAAAUGUAUCGCAUGACCGAUAAAAAGGAACGUUUUCACUCUCUAAACGAGCUAACAGGUCUUGCUCAGUGCUUAAUUAAUAAGAAUAUUCUCAUAGACUUACGGAACGAGACUUCGGUUGCCGGCAAAAUCACCGACGUUGACGGUUUUAUGAAUAUUUCAAUGCAAAAUGUUGUGUAUUUUGACCAACUUGGGAAGCAAUUUCGAAUCGAUGAGUUUAUGAUAUAUCCACGGUACAUCCGAUAUAUACACAUUCCGAAUUCGAUCGAAAUAACACCGGUACUGGAAGAAUACAUCAAGAAGCAGACAACUCGCAAACCAAAGGAACCUGUGAAAAGGACCUUCAAGAUGAAGCGCGCUCAGCAGAAGCAACUAGAAACGCUGGCGGAAAAUAAUAUGAUCUAACAUCGUCCUGAACUGGGCAAUUUUUGUUUUGUAUUACUGCAGAAAUGGUCUGCAAAAAAUCUCUAUUUAUUUGUCAAUAGUUUUUGGUAAGUUCAAGCAAGAUUAAACUAAUUUCUCAAAAAAAAGAACAGUAAACCGUAAUAAACUAAUUCCUCAAAUAUUAACAGCUGUAAGUAUCGAACUUGUUUUUAUUUCUUCAAAUGUAUUGGUACGUUUCUACAAUUUUUAAUUUUGAGCAUCUCUCUUUAUGGACAUGGAAAAUGGAGAUGACGAAUGAAUCACGAAAGCUGUUUGGAAAAAGUACUUAUUGUAUGUGCUACAAGCUAAAGGUUACGAUGGACUGGGCAUGUCAUAAGGAUGCCGGACGACAACCAACCGAAAAUGCACUAAUUGUAACAGGAACUGUCAUGGAAUGUACAAUGAGAGUACUUAUUUGAAAUACCAUUAAAUUUCAUUAAUAUUACAUACGUCACUAUACGGAGUAUAACAUACGUAAUAAUACAGAUACGUAUUUCGAAAUCGUAAUUAUCCUUCUCCAGUGAUACUUUUUAUAAGUCUUCUACCUUAGCCAAUGAGUCUGCCUUCCCAUUACCCGGAAUGAAACAAUGCGAGGGGACCCAGACUAAGGAUACACAAUGAGACUCAGAUGAUGUUCUUCAGUGUUUCCGUAUUGGGGCGCCUUUUCAACAUUUACCCUCUGAGAGAGUGAGAAGUUUUUGAUCGUGAAAUUAUUUCAGUUAUAUGACAUAACCUCAAAUAAUUCAAAAUAAAACAUUUCUGAAAUGUAUGGUAAUAACUAGUAUCAAAAAGGAA